ACCUCGUUUUCAAAUCGAAUAAUAACACCUGCAGAGGCUCGACCGGCCGGCGAAAUGGAAACUGUUGCAGGACUUGGCAAAGAAAACUUCUUUAAACGACAUACAAAGACAGAUUUAUAAGGUACUUGAGCUCAUCCUGGCUCAGCAACCAUGAUUACUCUAACCGACGCUCAGAGGUUCUCCGAAGAGAGUCCAGCAAUCAAAAGCUUUAAACCAUGGUGGGAAAUUUUAAUCGACCAUAUGCUACUGGCUUCAUUGCUGAUAUGCUUGCUGGCAUGGGCACGAGUGACGUCAACAGAGGCAUCUGGUCUCGUUUGUGUACCUCUUAUGAGCAACAUCAGCUACGGUUAUACAGAAUUCCGCUACGCCAACUCACGCUGCUCACAAGAGUUUGCAACAAAGCUUAUUCUCUAUUACCCAUAUCUACUUCUGUUCCAAUGGAUUGUCACUUUCUUGGUGCAAAAAGCAUGGCUAAAAGUCCCUGUCGUCGUGACGAAGCUUGAUGCUUUCCACGAUAUAUUUUGUCAAAUGUGCUCUAUUACGCCGACGUUCAUACGAAACAAGAGGAGUUAUCAAAUGCUACCUGAGCUCACAUUUGAAGGUGAAAAUUUCGAUCAAGUGAAAGUUCUGCACGACAAGCUGAUGUUCUUGCUCACCGAGAUGAGUUACUUACUAAGAAUCUAUCGAGCAAAGAUUUUUAUUCUUCUAGCUAUAAGCUUUGUCUUUGCAACUGGCUUGGUGAUAUGGUUAUACGUAAUAAACAUACCUAAAGCUGACAUCAAAUGUGAUUUAGAGGGAGACAAAACAGCCCAUGAAUUCAAAAGUCUGAUCUGCAAUUUCUCAUCGGCAUUUUUUCUCUACAGCGCUAUGUGCCUUAAUCUUAUUAUGCUGUGUCUGGUGAUAGUUUUUAGCUCCUAUGGUCUUUUCUGGUCUUUCCGGCAAAAAUCAUUUGCGGAGCAUACCGGCAUUUUCGGUCAAAUGAUCGACUUAUACACAGGGUUACCAGGUUUCAAUGAUUUGCAGUUCUGUAUGUCGCUUGUAAGGAGCAAUGUCCGUGACGGUAACCUUAUGUUCGAGACCAUCAAAUCAUGCUUGAGACAGCAGGCCUACCAACUUGACGAGAAAAACAACAUAAGGGCUAAAGCAGAUCGAGCACGUGACUUUGGGCAGGAGCACGGUAUUGUAAAGCUGAUAGCCCAACAACUUGGUCUUCAAUUGAUUAACAACAGGCAAGAUGCGAACCAUCUUUUUGGUUGCCUUGCCUACAUACGAAGUUGUCUUAGUCACGUGGAGCUAGAAAUUUCAUCUGAACUCAGGGACAGGCUGGCUGACGAGAUACAACGAAAUCCUCUACACUUCAAGUCUACGAUUGAUAAUGAUACAAAAGAAGGUACGUACGACCAAGUAAUCGAAGAGAUGCGCUUGCCGUUCACUUUUGGUAACCAGUACGCUGUAGCGGCAGCUUCAAAUGUCUUUAAAGUCCGCAUUGUGGUUAUACACUGUCAAAGUACGAGUGAGUACCGCGAGGUUUUUGAGCCGUUUGCUGGGAAUCAGUCACGUGGUACGUUUUUCCUCACCUUUACUGGCAAACAUUACUAUCAUUCUACUGAAAAAAUACACAAAGCAGAUGACGAUUUCGAGAGAUUUGUGCAAGCAAGAGUGCGAUUCGCACAAGAUGAUAAGUACAGGAACUCAAUCCGCCAAUCCGCAUCAAGAUCAAUUGAGCGCAGCGAUGAGGGUGAAUCGACACAAGAUAAAAUUUCUGCCAUUCCGGAAUCAACAAAUCAAGUCAUGACAUCUGAAAGUUUCACGAAAUCACUAGACUUUGAUCAAGACCGCAUCGAUGGAGCUGAAAAUGGUAUCAAUCUUCUACAACGGUACAAACGAAGGUUUGGGAUGUUCAGAGAUGACAAAGUUGUUUUCAAUGUGUGAAAGACUGGAUCAUUAACAUUAUAAUAGCUUCAUGUUCACACUCUUCUCUGUUUAUCCCUUCCAUUUAUGGCUUGUUUGGGAUAGUUCCCUUUUAUAAGGAGAGACAACCUGAGACAGCUCCCCUUUUUAGGAAAAGACAACCUGAGACAGUUUCCUUAUAUAAGAAGAGACAACCUAAAACCGCUUCCUUUCUUAAGAAGCGAAACCUGAGACGGCUCCCUUUUGCAGAAGAGACAACAUGAGAUAGUUCCCUUGUAAAAGCAGGGAUUAUCUGAGACCGCUUCCUUUUAUAAGCAAGGACAAUCUGAGACAGCCCCCUUUUUUUAAGAAAAGACAACCUGAGACAGUUCCCUCAUAUUAGCAGGAAUAAUUUGAGACAGUUCCCUUUCAUAAGAAGAAGUAGCCUGAGACGGCUCCCUGAGACAGCUCCUUGUUUUUGGAGGUUUUGCCCCCCCCCUCACCUGAAAAAUGAAUUUCCGCCUCGGUGUUUCACAAACCAACACAGGAUUCAGCCAAAAUUAACAUCGAAUACAAUUUAGGUAUUAAGACUUAUCCAUUUAUCGUGUAAUCGAAAACCCGGCAAACCUAGUACAUGUUUAAUGAAGGUUGGUGGAGAGAGGAAAGACGUACUCAGUAAAGCAACCCCUUGUGUUCUUUAUUGUUUUAAAACAUACAUCUAUUGACCUACUUCAUAAACAAAGACAAAACCUUAAAUUUGGAUAAAGAAAAAUGAAAUAUCAUUAUGAAAUAGUCCUUGUUGUGAUAAAAUGGUCGAUUCCAACCAAGCCAGGCAGAACUUUAGCUAAAGUGAACUGUAGCUAACUGAUUUGGCCGAUACAAAGGAUUUUCUAGAGGAGACACAACGUUUUAACUCUUGUCGUUACCAACUGUUGUUUCAGCUGUCUACAGUGUUGUUUCAGACGCUAUACUCCAAAUUUAAAAUUAUAAAAGCAAAUUCUAAAAAAGCCAGACUGUGUUGAAUCUUGUCUUAAAAAGUCACAAUGUGUUGACUCUUGUCUUUAUCAAC